AUGGCUUCAAUUAAUCCAGAGCCAACAGUAAGGGCGCUAGAGCCUGCGAAGAGUGUUCCUGGGGUUCGUACUAUUAUCAAAUAUUCGGGGGGUAUUGAUUUGGUGUUGAGAGUUAAUUUGUUUGUAACAACCUUAGCUCCUCUGAUACUGAUAACAACUAGUAAGCAAACUGUGUUUUUCAGGACGCCAUACCCCCCUUAUGGAUCAUCGCUUUCAGCCAAAUUCACUGACGCACCGGCCUUGAUAUUUGCAGUAUCCGCACUUUCGCUGGCUUGUCUGUACAGCAUCAUCACAGCACUCAUAUCUUUCUUGGCUCUAAGGAAGCAAGCUGCACGAUCAACAAAGUUGAUGUUUAGCAUAUGUGUGAUGGACUUGGUACUACUAGGGAUUGUAGCAGCAGCCGCCGGAGCAGCUGGUGAAGUCAGUUACAUAGGACUGAGAGGGAAUAAAGGUGCAAGGUGGCAAAAGAUUUGUAAUGUAUUCGAUACGUAUUGUCUCCAUAUUGGAUUCUCCGACUUAUUCACAUCCUCUGCUGCCUUAACUCUCAUAUUUCUCAUCAUUCUCUUUAUCUUAACGCUUCUGCCCAAUAACAAUGGUUGAUAUGUAUAAAUCGCAAGUAGUUUCUU